AUGCAAUCGAAUAAAAAACCAGAUAAUCAAGAGUAAUCAAGUAUUUUAUCUAGCGAGGAAUUGAAAAAUGAACAAGAAGUUUAAAAUAAACAUUAUGACAAUGAAUUUUCUUAAAAUGAUGUAGAUAGAAAUAUCAACCAAGAAUAAAGCACGGAGCUAGAAAAGAAAAACUAGCCAAAUUAAAAGUAAUUCCUUCUUAAAAAGUCAUAAAAUUAAUCUAUACUAAAAGGAUUUAUUUAAAGAAAUAACGUUAAUAAAAAGAACUAGAGUAAGUUAGAAGAGUUUACAAGUUAUUAGAUAAGCAAUUAAUACCAUAUGGAUAAAGAUCAGAAAUAAACAGUAAUAUAUCGGAAUAAUUCGCUAUCAAAUUCGGCAGCUUGUAUCUUGGUUGGGCAAAGUUCAAAAUAAUCUCUCCUAUUUAAUUAUCAAAUGAAUGAGUCAUGGACACUUGACUUACAGUCCGAAAUAAUCUCAAUAGCAGAGCGUGGAGAUAAAAUCUUUUGUGGAAUGAAUAAUUAAACUAUUACGAUCCUAAAUAAAGCUACUUAUGAGGAAAUAUUAGAACCAAUAUCAACUAUAAAAACAGUUUCAAAAUUUCUCUUCUUUGAGUAUUAUGAUUCAGAAGAUCAACUAUAGGAGAUAGUUAUAAUAUUUUAACAAGAAGGAUAUGUAUAAUUUUAUGACUUUAAGUCAAACAGGAUCGUCUGCACAAAGCAGCUACUGAAAAUGAACAUAUAAGAUGCGAUAUAGGUUCAUAACAAAAAUGAAAUUUGUCUAGCAUAUGCUGAACUAAAGGAUAAUUAGUACAAGACUGGCGGGCUAAAUUUUAUAAGGGUUGAAAUUACUCAUUAAAAGAACAAAAAUAAAAUAGAUACCUUUUAGAUAGACAUUAAGGAACUCGAAGAAGUUCUGUAUUUUAAAGAUGGGUUUUCAGAUGAAAUGCCUUUUUUAAUCUACAGAGAUUCUAGAUCAGUUGGCUAUAUCAACUGCAAAACAUUGUCAGCUCACGUAAUUGUCGAUUAACUUCAUUACUCAAGAUGUGGUAACUAGUAUAGUCUGUUUUAAUAUAUUGACAAUGAAAAGAAGCUAAAUCUUUUGACAUUCGUAUUUGACAGAACUAGAUUAGUAAGAGAAGUUUGCAACAUAUUACUAGAUUAAUUCUGA